AAGGUUAUGUUUGUCUUCGGUUUGCCGUCACUCCUGCAGUUUGCUAGCUCUCUUUCGCCUGUGGUUGCUAUGGGCGUCAGCAUUGUUGUUACGAACUUAGCGUCUGUCAUUGGGUCGUCCUGUGUGAUUUGAGAUGGUUCAAGAUUAUUCUUGGAUUCGACGGCGUGGUUCCCAGGACUUCAUGGCAUACUAUGAUUUAGCUUGUGCCAGGCAAGAAUUGGUACCACUCCCUGCAGUUAAGGUGAAGCUUGCUCAAGGGAUCCUUGACUUCAAUGGAGAUAGAGUCCAACUGACAGACUGGCCGCCUAUUCUCAGCUCCAUCUCCAUCAACAAGCACCUGCAUCAUAUCGCUAUAAGAAGCACAUUCAAAGCAAGUCUAGCUUCUGGAGUUGCAGAUAGAAGAAAUUACGGAUGUGGCUUCAAGAAGGUCUCACCGGUCCGCACAAAGGAUAUGACAUUUAAAUUGUGCAAGGCCUUGAGAGAUUGUUUGACAGUUUCACCCAACCUCAAGACUCUGCUGCUUAAUGGACUUCCCCUGAGAGAGAGGGACCUCAUCACUUUAACAAAGGGUUUGGCAGAAAGUGUUUCAUUAGAAAACCUAUCUCUGGCUAACUGUCCAAUCAGUGAUGAUGGGUUAGAGGUUAUUUGUCAAAGUGUCAAGUAUUCCACAAGAAUCAAGACAGUAGAUUUUACAGGAUGUGGUCUCACUUGGAGAGGGGCAGAGCAUAUGGCAAACAUCAUCAAGCUUCAGGGAAUGCAGAGGCAUGGCACUGCGUGGGCAGACUCGCUUCGUUACCGACAGCCGCAGUUUGAGGUCAUGGGAGGUCUUCGCCGCAUCACUCUGAACUCAAACACUUUGAUUGGGGACCGGGGUGCUGCUGCCUUUGCACGAGAACUGGCCGAGGACCUUUGGGUUAAAGCCGUGGAUCUGCAGAGGUGUGGUGUGUCCAGUGAAGGAGCUUGUCGUCUGCUUGAGGCGUUGAAGACUAAUACCACUCUUUGUGUGUUGGAUAUCCGAAAUAAUCCUUUAGUUGAUACGGUCCUUAUUAAAACUAUAAUAGAGAAAGUAUUGAUGAAUGGGGACAGCCAGUCAAUGGAGUAUGGCUGGAUCAAACCUUCAUUACCUGUGCCACAGAGAGUUGCUGGUCCGAAGAGGCGAGCUGUGUUGAGUGCAGUCAAAGCAAAACCCAGGAGAGCCCAUCGAAAGGUUUUAUGUCCUGCAGGACCGAAUUCACAAAUUGCUCCACAAAAGAAGCUGUAUUCCCACUGUAGGCAUGUGCCUUGGCGUGCUGCUGCACGUGCUGCUGCACAUGCUGCUGCACAUGCUGAACGUCAGAGGGGUGUGUCGCUAAGAGUUGCUGUGGACCAGAAAAGCAUUCAAAGUGAAACCAGUGUGAAGGUUACUGUGGAAUCUGGUUCAGAAGAGGAGGAGGAAGAAGUACUGAAGUUAAAGCCAAGGUCGUCGUCUGUGGGCAUCCCGGACAGAAUCCCUGAGAGUCUACAGAUGGAGCUAAAGGAAUGUCAGUUAAUGUUGGCAGAGGAACGCAGAGCCAGGCUGAAAGCCGAGUCAAGGCUCAUAAUGAGUGAGGUGGAGAUUGACCGUCUACGUAACAUGAAUCGCUCCCUUUCUGAAGCUCUUGCAGCUGCUGGCUGUGCAUCAACAGCAGUUGCUUCAAGUCUUCUUGAAGAUGAGGCUGUUGCCAAGGUUAUUGAGAGCUCCUUUACCAAAUUCCGUGCCCUCCUCGAGCUCCUCGAGGUUGCUGGUCUGGGACAGUUGGCAUCAAUAGCUGGGAUUGAAAAAUCUGAUUUUCACCCUCUGGGAAGACCUCAGCUGUCCUCCACACUUGGAAAAGUGCUGCAUGAUCCAGGGUCUUUGUCAGGAAGCAGAAGAGCAGUGUGUCAGGAUGUACAGGCAACGACUGAUUCAUCACCUUUGAUAAGUGGCACCCUUUCAGCUCCUACACAUGGUGUGGUUGACAUCUUCACUUCUAGGUCUCCACUCCCAGUCAGGGCAUUCUUGCAUGAAGACAGGACACUAGACGUGCCUUUCAAGCAGGCUGCUGGACUUAAAAUCAACCCUUGUGUGGAGAACAAAGAAGAACCAGAUCAAUAUUCAAAGCCUGAUACUCAGCAAUACACAAGAUCUGAGUGCCAUUUCCACAGGCAAAAACCAUUUUGCAAUGUUUCCCUCAAUAAAACUUUUCAAACUCAACAAAGCCACCAAAAGAGUAAAAGCAAGUCUCGCCAAAGCUACAGCAAUUCCCAUCAUAGAGAUGGUUCCCAUGGAUACAGCUUCAGUGACAGUGGCAUUCAUAACCAUCCUUGCAGUCAUGCUUCUCCCAGCAAAGUUUCUCGUGGUAACUUGUCCCUUCUGUCAGGUGUUGUUGAUGUUAUGAGUAAGAAGGUGAUGUCUGAGGAACCUGGAGUGUCCAAGAGGAAGGAUGGGACAAGGCCAGUGACAGCUGGCCAGUCAGAGUCACAAGGACAAGAGGAAACUGUGUCCACAGAGAAAAGAGACUGGAGCAGAUCAGGUUCCCGGGAAGUUUGAGAGAGCGGAAAAAACUCACAAACUGUCUUCUUAGUGCCUGCUUCCUAAAAACAAAACAGAUCUGGUGGAAACAGUAAUCCGAUACUAUUUUGUAGCUGUACUGCAGAGUGUCAAUAAAACUAGCAUAGAAUCUGUUUGGUGUUCAUUAGAAUGUUGCAUGAUUUUUUUCUCCCCUUAUUACUUGUAUCAUCUGAUCACAAAGAUCAACAUUGUGCAAUGUUGACUGUUUGUGUUCAGAACAGAGCUCUCAAGUUGAGAUACGCUGAAUAGUUAUUUUCCACCAGAUCUUGUCUUGCAGGUCAUAGCCGUGGAAUGUCAUGCAUUAGCAUGAGAGAGUGACUGUGACACUGUUUUAAAGCGUGAGACUCACACCGAUUGAGUGAGAGUUGAGAGCUCUGUCACAAGUAAUCCAUGCUGCACACUGGGCAGUCAUAAACAUGACACUACUUGUUUGUAUUGUGUAAUCACAAUAUAGUGAUAUAAGUGAUUAUGUGUUUAUCACAUGUGCCUUUAGUAGCAAUUAAAUCACAGGUAUGACAAAA